AUGGACAGGCCAAGCAAUUCCAGCACGAAAAGCCAUAUGCCCACCGAGUCCAAAACAAUAAACCACCGGUACCAGCACGUCUGGACCUCGGACGAAGCGCUUUCCAAAUUGAGACUCAAAAUCAACAGGUACAUCAACGAACAAGAAGGGGAUCAAACGAGACACAAGAAUGGAAACAUCAGAACAGAGGAGAACAUUAAAAAGAACCUGAAGACGUUCGAACGACAACUAAAGUAA